GUUUAUUAAUAUUAUGUUUGCUUUUAAGCGAAUGAAUGUCGAUGUUCACAUAAUUAUUAUUUUUUUAAAUAUUUGAUUCUACUCUUUUAAAUAAAUCAAGCGAGACCAGCUGAAUAAACGAAUAAAAAAUGGCUACUAAUGAUAUUGAACCGGAUGCAGUACCUUUCACAGAGGCACCACAGACUUUUCCUCAUUAUCGAGAAUAUCGGCAUUUAUUCAAUUCUGAUUUAAGGAAAGAUAACUUUGAAAUUUUAAUUAUCAAUGACGAUGAUGAUGAACCACAAGUCAGACAGUUCAAAUCCCUGCUAGAGAAAAAUGUCAGGUAUCAAAAGUAUAACGGACUGGCUUACCCUAAAGUUGAGCUACUUAGAGAUGUCCAGUUCGAAGACGACGCUCUGACGCCAGAGUUAGACUUUGCUUUAAGUAAAACGCUGCUCAUUUUCUUGUUUGCAACUGAGUCUUUCGUUGAGGACAAAUGGACUGUCCAUUUCGGUCGGUCUUCACUUGAGGAUGCUAUCAAAAAGAACAAUUCGUUUCAAUUUAUAGUCUACCAGGGAAAACCGAAAAACAUUACGAUACCAGCAAUUCUUGCCUCGUUGAAGCCUCUCAAUUUCGACGACAAGGAAAGUAACAAUGAAGGUUUAUAUUCCAACGUCAGAAGUAUCCUUGAAAGUAAAGUAAACCAUCUGCUUGACAAGGAUAAGGAGCUGUCCCUAAGGCGGCGUCAGUUUCUUAAAGAUAAAUAUCCUCAAUUGUUAGCAGACGAUAAUAUGACGACUAGGCACAUUUCCAGAGGCUAUUGUCAUCAAAACGGGGAAUCCCAACUUUUACAUUGCCAGGUUGAAGCAUCAAGACAGAUAUUUGUUCCCAAGAGUGAAGUUCAAAACAAUGCCGUGAAUGACGUUGAGGUGGAUUCCAGCCAAGCAGAGACAACCCCUUACGACCCAGACUCUAUUGAUCUAACGGUGCUAAAUUUCUCUCCAUCCCCAGAACAAGUUUGUCGCUUCCCUCCCGUUUUUGACAAUACUAAACAAGUCGUCCUAGCUGGACCUUGCGCCCUUGUUCCGCCCAAGGUUCUCGAAGCUGACGCAACACCGGAAGAACAAAGCGCAGACGUGGGAGCUGAUUGCAGUGUUGUGAUUCUGCCGAAACUUUGACACCUUUUGAAUUUUUGAUGAAAGAUUGAUUUGAUGAUUGUUUUGUUCCUUAAAAUAAAUCAAAUUCGAUAAGAAGAUAAUUUUGUUAUCAAUUAGAGAUGACAAUUUAAAGGAACACAUACAAUCAUAAAUUAAAUUUUAAAAAAAUAUAAAUUAAUAAUGAAAUAUUAAAAUAAUAAAAAAUAUAAAGCGUAUAUUAAGUGUAAUUGUAUUAAAUAUUUUGAAUCACUCAUUUAAAUAAUUAGUAAUAGAUAACAAUAAUAAAUCUAUGCGAUUCGAAAUAUUGUUUUUGCUUAGUCCAAUUUCACGCUUUUAUGAUACAAUCCCUUGUAUGGAGCAGUUGGGGAAAUAUUUAGAAAAGGGGGGGGGGGAAGAAGGUUUCCGUGCUGGCUUUUAAAAGCAAUUUAAAAAGUUGUUCGACUUGAGUUCGAACUAGAGGGCUCAAGCUGGAAGGCGGAUAUCCUAGCAAGAGGGGUGGACAAGUGUUUCAAAGAGUAGGCUCAAUAGUUUUCUAUUGUUGGACUCUUAACGUCAUCAGCCUUAUAGGCCGCUCGUCUGAAAGGGGAGCUAUUGUUGGUCUCAAAUGUUGAGACGACGACCUUAUUCUCUACACAAAGCUUAUCACCAAUAAGCUAGGCCUACUUAUCUUAUAUAAUACAGACGUUACUUCAAAAAAAGAAGAUGAUUACGUCCUACGCGUCUUGCAUUCAGUCAUGCAUGUUAACCAAUGACUUAAAUUCUGCCAAGUCACUGGUUUUCCUGGCUCGCUCAGGCAAUCCAUUCCUUGCUCUAAUAGCACUAGGGAAGAAGGAGUAUUUGUACAAAUUUGUCCUAGCAUAUGGGACGAGGAAUGUGCCUUUAUCUUUGUGUCUCUAUAUAAAUAAUUAAAUACGACUAAUUCAUAUAAUAGUUACUGACAUUUUUGAUUGAUUUAUGUGUUAUUUGGGACAAUGAAUGAUUGUGUAAAGUUUUUACUUAAUCCAUGAUUGGUUUGUGAAAAAGAUUGCAUUUUGCAUUUGUAACUGACAGACGUGGUGAGCUGAUAUAAGUAUUGUAAUAACUUGUGAUAAAAUAAAGAUGUUUGAAUUUUUA